AAGUUACAUAAGUCGGUGGCCCAGUCCCAAGGGACUGUUGUGGGGAGGUUGGGAAGUUGAAGAACACCUAGCCCUUCCAUCAUGUCAGCCAAGAAUGCAGAACUGAAGAAAACUAACCUGGUAAAGGAAGAGUGUUGCAGGGCACGGUGGGGCCUCUGUGGGCUUCUGCUGAAUGGAGGCGGGACAGAGAGGCUACUGGAAGUCAUCCUAAAAAGAACUGCAAGGCUGUUUGCAUGGAACCGAAGCUGACACAAAUAUAUGAUUUCAAAGGAUUUAAACAAGAAGGGCUACUCAUCAGAAAAGGGAUGACUCGGGAGCUGAAGAACGAACUCAGGGAGGUGAGAGAACAACUCACGGAAAAAAUGGAAGAGAUAAAACAGAUAAAGGAUAUAAUGGACAAAGAUUUUGAUAAACUUUAUGAGUUUGUGGAAAUUAUGAAGGAAAUGCAGCAGGAUAUGGACGAAAAGAUGGAUGUUUUAAUUAAUAAUCAGAAGAACAACAAGCUUCCCUUUCAAAACCAAGCCAAGGAGCAGCAGAAAUUCUGGCAGCUAGGAAAGAUGGACAAAGGCUCCCAGGCCAUGAUCACAGAAGAACCCGAUGGAGUACUAUUGGCUCGUGACAAGAAUGUGGUGCCACCAAAACCAACGAGGAAUCCACUGGAGUCCCUCCAUCCAUGUCAGAGUUGCUGCGAGAAAUGUUUGUUGUGUGCCCUAAAGACCAACCGCAAUCAGGGCAGGAGACCUUCACACCAUGCCUGGGUGCCUUUUUCACCCUUGUCGUCUGGAGCUGCUUUCUAAUUUAUCUGUACUUCAACUUUGCCGAGGUGGAGCAUGUGCUGCCCACCUAGCACAGCCAUGGAGCCUACCACCAGCUCCAACUCAUCAUCCCCUGACUCCUGAGCUACACAGCAGACUUUUCUGCCCUCUUAAACACCCUCCAACCCCGACCCCUGCCCAGGCUUCCACCUGGAAAUUAAAGAAUUUCAUUUAAAGC